AUGGAACCUCCUAAAAGUUUGACGCAGUUGCGUUCCCUACAAGGGAAGCUCGCCUAUAUUAGGAGGUUCGUUUCGAACCUUUCUGGUCGAUGUCAACCCUUUUCUGCGUUGACUAAGAAAGAUGUUCGCUUUCACUGGGAUGAGGCAUGUCAGCAUGCUUUCGAUGAUAUCAAAUGCUACUUGUUGAAUCCUCCAGUGUUAGCAGCGCCGGUCCCAGGUAGACCCCUCAUUCUCUAUAUUGCCACUCUUGAUGAGUCGAUAAGAGCUUUAUUGGCUCAAAUGAAUGAGGAAGAGAAAGAGAACGCCCUAUAUUAUCUUAGUCGGCGUUUCAUACCCGCUGAGAUGAGAUACCCACCAAUUGAAAAACACUGUUUGUCAUUGGUAUUCUCGGUCCAGAAGUUGAGGCAUUACAUGCUCUCACACCAUGUUGAUUUGAUCUCGAGGGUAAACCCUUUGCAGUAUCUCAUGACGCGUCCUACCUUAGCUGGACGGUUGGCUAGAUGGGCCAUGAUAUUAUCCCAGUUUGACAUUUCGUAUGUCCCUCAACGGGCUGUUAAGGGACAGGCGUUAGCUGAAUUUUUAGCGGCUCACCCGAUCCCGGCAGAUUCACCUCUAAAUGAUGAUUUUCCUGAUGAGCAUUUGAUGGUCAUCGAUGCCCCAGAGUGGGAGAUGUAUUUUGAUGGGGCCUCUUCCUUGAAAGAAGGGCCACCAGGGUCUCUCCCAAAGGUGCAAUCGGGGAUCGGAUUAAUUUUCGUAUCGCCCGAGGGUGGCAUUCUCCGCUACUCUUAUAGUUUAGCAGAACCAUGUACGAAUAAUGCCGCUGAAUAUGAAGGCUUAAUUCUAGGACUUGAGUUGGCUAUCCAAAUGGGCAUUACAAGAAUCAAGAUUUAUGGUGAUUCACAGCUCAUUAUAAGCCAGAUCUUAGGAACCUAUAGGGUCCUGAAGCCUGAACUUCUAGCCUAUCAUGAGAAGGCGAUGACAAUGUUGAAGCUCAUUCCUGAGGUCACUCUUAUUAGGAUACCUCGAUCUCUCACCGAUGCUCUUGCUAAAUUGGUUAAAGAGCUAUCAAGUCCUGACGGAAAUCCGGUGACAGUUGUGAUCCGAGAAAGAAGAAUCUUAUCGCCGACGAUUUCUAGCCCUUCAGGUGACGUGCCCUCGGAUAGAGGUGGCGUCGUUUUGGCUACUUCUGCUGGAGUAUCUGAUGAUUGGCGUCAAGACAUCAUCGCAUACUUGACAAGGGGAAUUCUCCCCGACGAUCGCUCCCUCGCUUCUCAGAUUCAGAAGAGGGCACUGUCGUUUACAAUUAUUAACGAUACUCUGUAUCGACGUUCCUUUGAGCAGAUGUGGUUACGAUGUGUAGGGGAUGAUGAGGCCCAGAAAUUAAUGGCUGAGGUCCAUGAGGGCGUCUGUGGAUCCCAUCAGUCGGGUCCCAAAAUGAAAAUCAAGAUCAAACGCCUUGGUUAUUAUUGGCCUAUGAUGACACUUGAUUGCAUUGAACAUGCCAAACGGUGCCAUCAAUGUCAGGUGUUUAGCCCUGUGCUUCAUCAACCCCCAAGUAUAUUACAUCCGACAGUCGCAUCAUGGCCUUUUGAAGCCUCGGGUACCGAUAUUGUGGGGCCUAUUGACCCACCGUCCUCUCGAGGACAUCGAUUUAUUCUUGCAGCUACUGAUUUUUUCUCUAAAUGGGCGGAAGCUAUCCCUCUAAGAGAAGUAAGGGCUGAUAAUAUGCUGCAUUUCCUUAAGAAUAAUAUCGUUUAUAGAUUUGUUGGCCUUAUCAAGAAAAUUCUCCAUGCCAACAAGAAAGAGUGGCACGAGAAGCUCUCGGAGGCUUUAUGGGCAUAUCGUACAACAUACCGUACUCCCACUAGUUCUACUCCAUACGCAUUGACAUUUGGGUCUGAGGCAGUCCUUCCUUUGGAAGUUGAAUUGCCUUCAUUGCGUAUUGCUAUUAGCAAUAAUGUCAAUAGCGAAGAUAAUACCCGACUUAGGUUGGAAGAGCUGGACAGCUUGGAGGGGCUGCGAUUACAAGCCCAACAAAACCUUGAACUAUACCGGGCCCGUAUGGCUAGAGCCCAUGACAAGCUCGUUAGGCCCUGUACCUUCAUGGUUGGAGACCUGGUGUUGGUGUUACGACGUCCUAUUAUAUCUCACCGUCGAAGCCACAGGAAAUUUGAGCCCACAUGGGAAGGACCGUUCGUGAUCGAGAAGGUCUACGAGGGAGGAGCCUACUUUCUUAUUGAUGCUGACGGAUCUCACCCCAUGCCCCCUAUCAACGGGCGAUAUUUGAAGAGAUACUAUGCUUAG